AUGUCACGUGCAACACUAUAUGUCACCGUGUCGUUUGUGAUCGUACAUACUACGUUACAAGAAGAUCUGUUCAAGUGCUGCACAAAUGGCUUCCACUUGCGUAACACAAGUUGUGUUCCCGAUUUGGCCAAUCACAAUUUCUCCAACGUUCCCGUGCAUAGUGUCGAAGGGAGUAGGAUUUUCAAGAAUGAUGAGUCGUUUUACGAUGCUUUUCAUCUUGUGUACAACUCGUCGAUAAUUGCUGGAAAGUUGCUUGAGAACGCCCAGUUGUUAUACACUGGUGAUGUAAUAGAUGGUUAUGACUUCGCCGAAAAGAAUGAGUUUUGCAUAGAGCAACUCGAAAUAAGUGAGCAUGACGUGAAGCCGAGAUUCUUUCUUAUAACAAAUACAAAUACUACUGACUAUGAAGAAUCAACUCAGGAUGUGAACUAUUUUCCAAUAAUUUCAUUGCUCAUAUCUUGUCUAUUCUUUCUCCUGAUCAUAGUGGUAUACAUAUUGGUGCCACGGCUACGUAAUUUCAACGGAAAAAUCACAAUAUCUUGCAUCGUUAGCCUUUUGGGUUCGUUUCUUACGCUGGCGAUCAAGCACAUAACAGUAAUCGUUACUUCUACAUCACUAAGCUCACUAUAUUGUUAUACAUCAACGUCACUCUUCUACUUCUUUUGGUUAUCAAGUUUCUUUUGGAUGAACGCACAUGCCUUUAAGAUGUGGCGAGAUAAUAGACACAUAUUUGAACAGGCCGCAAAGAAUAACUACAACCGCAUUGUACAGAAUAGAAAAAAAGAAAACAAGGCCUUUUUGAAAUAUUCCCUAUACGCUUGGGGAACACCGCUACUGAUGACUGUUUUCCUGGUCAUCGUCGAUAACGUGGACUUGGAGCAUAGAGCCGCUUGGUUUAUCAGACCAAACAUCUUACGUUAUGGAUGUUUCCUAUCAGGAAACGAAAUGUUGUUGUAUUUAGACCUACCGAUGAUAAUUUUAAUUGCAAGCAAUUGGACAUUCUUUAUAAUGACAGCGUAUAAUCUGUGGAUUAAUAUUACAGAAACUAGAGUCGUUAUUGAAGACGCCAAAACCUUAAAGCUUAGGUUGCUAGUUGUCUUGAAGCUUUCAAUAGUAAUGGGAAUAUCCUGGUUACUAGAGAUAGUGAGCCAUGUAACUCCGGGUGAGAAUUUAAAGAACUUUUUGUUUAUCUUCGACCUGUAUAAUGGAUUUAUGGGGGUCGCGUUCUUCGUUGUACUUGUGUGCAAGAAACGUAUUUGGUUAGACAUUACACAAAAGAGAAAAUUCAGUGCUGUUAACACCAACAGUGAAUAUAGAAUAAAUGGCAAUAGUAUGAGAAUGCGAAUUUCAUCAAACAGAAGCGACAAUUACUAA